AUGCCUCGCCAGAGCCGUGGAUCUGCUGCCCCUCCCAGGCGCCCUACCGCCGCUCCCGCUCGUCCUGCGCCACCCACUCCCCAGCAGGCUCGCUCAGCUUCUACUGCUGCUCACCCUCCUCAGCACCACGCCCCUCCCCCACCUGCCGCUGCUCCUGCUGCUCCUCAGCAGAGCGCUGGUCCCGGUCUUUUCGGCCAGAUGGCUAGCACUGCUGCUGGUGUCGCCGUCGGCUCUUCUAUCGGUCACGCAAUUGGCGGUUUCUUCGGUGGCGGCUCUUCAGCCCCCGUCGAGCAGCAAGCUCAGGCUCCUGCCAACCCUGCCGACAACAGCACCUACACCUCAUCCAACUACCAGGCUCCCAGAGCUUGUGAGACCGAUGUCACAAACUUCCGUCGCUGCAUGGACGAGAACCAGGGCAGUCUGACCAUCUGCGGCUGGUACCUUGACCAGCUCAAGGCAUGCCAGUCCGCUGCCUCGCAGUACUAA